AUGGAUGCCAAUUCCCCACCUCAAACCAUCCCAGUGGUCUCCACUUUCGCCAAUCCCUUCGACAGCCAGAACCCUCCUCUACCCCCCGCCGCGACCUCCAACGGCGCCGGCGACACCGCCGCACGCAAGCCCAUCGCUCUGUGGCCUGGAAUGUACCAUUCCCCGGUCACCAAUGCUCUGUGGGAGGCCAGGUCCAAGAUCUUCGAGAGAAUGAUCGACCCGCCAAAGGACGCGCCUCCGCAGAGCGAGCUGCUCUCCAAGACGCCUCACCAGAGCCGUACCAGCAUCUUGUACAAUUUCUCUAGUGAUUACAUACUCAGGGAACAGUAUAGGGAUCCUUGGAAUGAGGUCCGAAUUGGGAAGUUGCUCGAGGAUCUUGAUGCUUUGGCUGGCACCAUCUCUGUCAAGCACUGUUCUGAUGAAGAUAGUACAACAAGGCCGCUUCUGCUAGUCACAGCUUCUGUUGAUAGGAUCGUUCUGAAGAAGCCAAUUAGUGUCGAUGUUGAUCUCAAGAUAGUUGGUUCUGCCAUAUGGGUUGGGCGUUCGUCGAUUGAGAUUCAACUGGAUGUUAUUCAGCCUGCUAAAGAGGACUCUGAUUCUUCAGACGCCGCAGCACUAACAGCCAACUUCAUAUUUGUGGCUCGAGACUCCAUGACCGGGAAAGCUGCACCAGUGAACCGACUAAUCCCGGAGACCAAACAAGAGAAAUCGCUCUUUGAAGAAGCCGAAGCGAGGAGCAAGCUGAGGAAGAGAAAGAGAGUGGACAAUGAUGGUAGAAAAGAAGUUGAAAGUGGAGAAAUGAAUCGACUCAAAGCAUUGCUAGCCGAGGGGAGAAUCUUCUGCGACAUGCCAGCAUUAGCAGACAGAGACAGCAUUCUUUUAAGAGAUACCUGUCUUCAGAAUUCACUCAUCUGCCAACCCCAGCAGAGGAACAUCCACGGCCGAAUUUUUGGAGGCUUCUUGAUGCACCGGGCAUUCGAGCUGGCUUUCUCCACUGCUUAUGCAUUCGCAGGGUUGGUGCCUUACUUUCUUGAAGUCGAUCACGUGGAUUUCCUAAGACCUGUGGAUGUGGGGGAUUUCCUGCGCCUCAAGUCCUGUGUCUUGUACACAGAACUCGAAAACCCAGAUGAGCCUCUAAUCAACGUCGAAGUUGUGGCUCAUGUCACCAAACCGGAGCUGAGAACCAGUGAGGUGACAAAUACGUUCUACUUCACCUUCACGGUAAGGUCAGAGGCGAAAGCUGCAAAGAAUGGGUACAGGAUUCGGACUGUGGUUCCUGCGACGGAGGAAGAAGCGAGGCUCAUUCUGGAGAGGAAAGACGCAGAGACCUUGCGUUUAGCCUCGGCGUAA